AUGCGGGCGACACUUCUUUUCUUACUCGGCUUUCUGUCACCGGUGUGGGUCCGGGCCGAGUCACGGUUCCGUCGGCCACCCGGCCCCGGCUACGUCCGAGACUACCGGGACAACAACGCCUAUGUUCGCGGCGAAUACUUGGACAUUGGAUGGGAUAUGGACUUCAAGUCGGCGAAGUUGGUGUUGUGGCAGGAGUACGAUACGACGAAGGCGCUUGACUAUGUCAUCCUACAGGAAAACACGACAGACAGCAAAUACAAGUGGAAGAUAUCCGAUGAAGGCUUCGUCAACCCGAAUCUAAGCAACGUCUACUACUUCGAACUGGUCGAGGCGGGAAAGGACAUGGCAAAUUGGGCAGUCACAUGUCACUACUUCAAUAUCACCGACCCAGUGACCGCCACAACGAACACGACGGAAACCACAGAGCCCAUUGAAUCAGACUCUGUCAAGGAACAGGCGUUGUCAGCCGGAACAGCCCUCGGGAUCGGGAUCGGAGCGACUCUCGGAGCGGUUUUGCUGAUUGGCGUCGGAGGCUGGCUGAUCUUUCGCUGUCUCCGGAACAAAAAGACAUCAACAGAAGGACAAUACAUGGAGCAGCCCAUCAUGACAGGCAGCAGUCCGUCGUAUCAAGAGGUGCAUGGGUAUGACACCCAGCAGACGGCGUCACCGGUGGCACCUACGGAGUGGACCUUGCAGACUUCACAAGUGUCAUCCAUGGGCCACCAUCUCCAUGAGGCCCAAGCCAAUAAUGUGGUUGUUAGGCAUGAGAUGUACGCUGAGCAGAUCGAUGCUCAUGGCACGAAAUCGCCAGUGGGAGUAGCAGAUCGAGUAGUGUAG